AUGACAAGAAAGCAAAUGACGUAUCUCAGUUCUGAUGAGCAAUGGGAUUUACGAGGAAAUACACGUUCAACAAUUAUUCCCACUGAACCAUUUCUUUAUCUUUUUGGUUGUUGUUUUUUUAUUUUCUUUCUUUCUCUUCAUUCAAAUAAUUACUGUCUUUUUUUUUGGUUUUCUUUCUUUCUUUGUUCUUUUCCUUCUUUUGUGUUUCUUUCUUUCCUUCCCAUCAGACCAUUUCCGUCUUUUUUUGGUUUUCUUUCUUUUGUAUUACUGUAUUGUUAUUCUUUCUUUGUAAAUUUUCUUUCUUUCUUUUUUGUUAUGUGCUUUCUUUCAUUAUGUUUCUUUCUGUCUUUUUUUCAAAUUUACUUUUCUCUAUCAUUUUCUUUUUCUCUCUUACUCAUUAUUUUCGUUAUUGCCUUCCCCGUUUUCUUUCUUUCACUGAAAUAUUUCCUUUCUUUCUUUUACUUUUAUAUUCAUAUUAAUGUUUUGUCCUUAUCGUUUGCACUUUUUUCCUUUCAUCUCUUUUAUUCUGUCUGUGUUUCUUUUCUGUACCCUAAUCAUUUGUCUCUUUCCCUUCUUUCUUUUUCUUUCUUUCUUUCUUUCUGUUUCUUUCUUCAUAGACACUUUUCUCAAUAUUCCUUCAUUCAUUCUUCUUUUACUUUUUUAGUCAUUUUAUUAUCCCUUUUAUUCUUACUUUCAAUGUUAUUUUUCCUUUUUUCUAUCUUUCCCUGUAUUUUCCUUCUUGCUUUUUUCAUUUUCUUUCUCUCCUCCUCCAUUUUGCUAAACCAUUUUUUUUUCUUUCUUUUUUCUUUCUGA